GUUUACAUAUCAUUGUCACGAAUCAGUCAGUGAUGGCGAGGUGCACAGGUCGCAAUUCAGAUGCAAGCACGCAUGUGUUACAUAGCCAAAGCCGCCCGCCAAGAUCUUUCAAUGUAUACACCUACCCCUAUAUACGCAUCUCGCAAAGAAGAUCUAGCGCGUAAGCUAGUUUGAAAGAACAGAAGGUAUUGAGCCGAUUAUGCGCGAUUUACGCGCUGCACAGUGACAAUUCGUGGCUUUCAUCGCUUGAUUCUAUACUGUAAGCGCAUUUAGAAGGCCAAACUUAUGGCGCCUCGGUGACUUGCGUGCCCGGCGUAGCGCCUCAAACUCAGACAAGUAUGAUGCCACUGGCAGGGGCAGGCCACACAAUGGCCCCACAGUCUGCCGGCUCCGUGCCGGGUGUUGGGGCUACCUCAGCAGCGGCAGCGCCUGUGAAGCAGCGACCGGCCCCCCCUGCCGCCUGCGGGGGCGCGGCGCGGCGCUCGGCGGCCGCUGCAUCCACCUCGCGAGCAGCUGUAGGCCUGGGCCACCCAGGCGAUGCAGGGUCGUGGCUGCGGGCAUCCGCCCGUCGGCCCAAGGUACUGGCCACCGCAGCGGCAGUCACCGGCCCCCACUCGGACACCAGCACAGGCGCCCCUCAGGAGGCCUCGACGGUGACGGCACGGGGCGAAAGUGCCGACGCGACCGCCGACGCCUCCUCGCAGCAGCUGACCCAGUUGCAGCAGCAGCAGCUGCAGCAGGCGCCAGCAUCGGGGCCGGGGGCGCUGGGCACAGGCCCCAGCAGCGGCGGCCCCAACAUGCUACUGCUGCCGGUGGCGGUGUGCAAGACCAUUUCGCUGGCGCCGCAGGCCACCCUCUCCGACGGCGCGGCGGAGCUGCUGGGGCGCCUGCCCGCCGCCGCCGCCGAGCACGCCGCUCUGCCGUCGGGCGUCCUGAGGCUGGAGGUGCCGCUGCCGCGCACCGCCACCACCGCCCUGCGCUGGCUGCAGGGCCAGCAGCAGCAGCAGCAGCAGCACCAGGCGGAGGCGGUGGCAGUGGCCGCGGGCGACGGCGGCAGUAGCAACAGCAGCAGCAGCCCGGCGGCGGGUGGGCCGUUCUUGUACUUCAGCGGUCGCCGCUCCUCCGCGCCUGACACGCCGGGCGCCGCCGCGGCGGAGGCUGCCACUCGCGGCUGGAGUGCGCUGGCGGGCGCAGGCGCGGCGUGGCGGUGGUGGGGCCCCGGCGGCGGCUCCGGCUCCGGCACCAACACCAACGCCCGGGCCGGCCAUGGCAGUAGCAGCAUCAACGGCAACGGCAGUAGCAGCAACGGCAGUAGCCGGGGCAGCAAUUUCGACAGCCGGGUGGUGGCGGCGCUGCAGCGCUUCCUGUCCGCGGACCAGCCGCGUGUGCGCAUCCUGGGCGGUGUGCGCUUCGACCCGGCGCGGCCGCCCAGCCCGGAGUGGGCGGCCUUCGGCUCGCACUGCUUCGUGCUGCCGCUGCUGGAGCUGACGGAGGCGGAGGACUGCUGCCUGCUGGCCGCCACGCUGGCCUGGGACCCCGCGGCGGCGGCGGCGGCGGCGGCGGCGCGGGAGGCGGCGGCCGCGGGUGCAGGCGGCGGCUUCGUGGGCUGCUCGGACCUGGCCGCUGCGGCGGCGCGGGUGGAGGCGGCCCUGCGGCACAUGGCGCCCGCGGCCCCCGCCUCCGCCUACGGCCUGCGCGUCAGCCGCGGCGGCGCUGGUGGUGCUGGUGCUGGUGCUGGUGGUGCUGGCGGCGUCGCGGGGCCGGGCGGGCCUGAGGCGGUGCACAGCCCCUCCCGGGCCGAGUGGGACAGCAACAUGGCCGCACUGCUGGGCGGACUGCAGGAGCGGCACGACACGGGCGCCCCGGCCGCGGCGGCGGUGGCGUCGCUGCUGGACCCGGGGGUGGCGCGGCAGGAGUACCUCACGCACGGCCAGCAGGGGCUGGACGGCCUGCUGGAGGCCCUCACAGUGCGCACCGCGGCGGAGGCGGCGUCCGGAUCCGGAUCCAGAUCCGGAUCCGGCGAUGGAUCCGGUGAUGGAUCUGGAUCCGGUGGCCCGCUGGCGUCCAUGUCGGACGUGGGGCUUGACGCGCUUCGCGACCUGAUCGACGGCAAGGCCGUGUCCAUGACGCAGCUGGCGGAGGGCGCGGCGGCGGGGGGCGGCGCGGCGGCGGCGCAGCCGUCGGGCGCACAUGCUGCGGGCGUGGGCGUGGCGGCCGCGGCGGGCGUGGAAGCUGGCAGGGGCGGCGGCGGCGCGGGUGCUGUGGUCGGCGCGGAGGCUGGGGCGGAGUCUGAGGCUCUGAGCAAGGUGGUGUUGGCUCGGCGCACCACCACGCGGCUGGAGGGGCGGCUGGACCCACUGCACGUGCUGCAGAGCCUGCAAGAGCGGGACCCGCGCGCCUACCAGCUCUACUUCGCACCCGGCGACGGCGGCCAGACCACCACCACCGCCACCAGUACCAGCACGCCCGGCCCCGGCGCCGCCUUCCUGGCCUGCACCCCGGAGCGCCUGUACGCCCGCACCGGCCGCUUCGUGGCCAGCGAGGCGGUGGCGGGCACCCGGCCCCGCGGCCGCGGUGGCGACGUGGAGGCGGACUUCUGGCUGAGCCUGGACCUGCUGCGCAGCGCCAAGGACCAUGCCGAGUUCUGCACCGUGCGCGACUGGAUCGCGGCACAGCUGGCGGGCCCCUGUGAGGAUGUUGCCAUUGAAAUCCGUAAGUCGGUGUUGAAGCAGGGCGCCGUGCAGCACCUGUUUGGCCGCGUGGCGGCGCGGCUGCGGCGCGGCCGCAACGACGCGCACCUGCUGGCGGCGCUGCACCCCACACCCGCCGUGUGCGGCCGGCCGCGCGAGGCGGCGCUGGGCUACCUGGAGGAGCUGGAGGCGUUUGACCGCGGCUGGUACGCCGGCCCCUUCGGCUGGAUCUCGGGCGCGGGGGCCGAGUUCGUGGUGGCCAUCCGCUCCGGCCUGGUGGUGCCGGAGGGGGCGGUGGAGGCGGAGGCGGAGGCGGUGGCGGCAGAGGCGGCGAAGGCGGAGGCGGAGGUGAAGGCGGUGCGGCAGCAGCCGCAGGCGCAGCUGGCGAGCCGUGUGCACGUGUACGCGGGCGUGGGGGUGGUGCGCGGCAGCGACCCCACAGCCGAGUGGCAGGAGCUGGACCUCAAGAUCCGGCCUCUGAGCCAGGCGCUGCUGCCGGCGCCGCUGCCCGCCGCCGCGCCCAACGUGAACGUGGCGUGGGCGGGGCUGCUGGUGGAGGAGCUGUGCCGCCUGGGCGUCAACAUGUUCGCAGUGGCGCCGGGCUCCCGCUCCUCGCCGCUGACUCACGCCAUCGCCAGCCACCCGCGCGCGCGCCUCAACGUGUGCAUUGACGAGCGCUCACUGGGCUUCUGGGCGCUGGGCUACGGCCGGGCGUGCGGCCGGCCCGCGGCGGUGGUGACCAGCAGCGGCACCGCCGUGGCCAACCUGCUGCCGGCGGUGGUGGAGGCCAGCCUGAGCGGCGUGCCGCUGCUGCUGCUCACCGCGGACCGGCCCGCCGAGCUCAGGGACACAGCCGCCAACCAGACCAUCGACCAGACCAAGAUCUUCGGCGGCUUCACGCGCUGGUUCUUCGACCUGCCGCCGCCUGUGGCGGACGUGCCCGGCUUCGGCCGCACGGUGCUCACCGCCGCCUCCACCGCCGUGCGCGCCUGCGUGGCCUCCGCGCCGCCUGGGCCCGUGCACGUCAACCUGCAGUUCCGGGAGCCGCUGGCGCCGGUGGCGGCCCCCUGGCAGCCCGGCCCCUUCCUGCAGGGGCUGGCGGCCUGGCAGGCCUCCCAGCAGCCCUUCACGGCGCACAUAUCAGCCGGCGCGCUGCCCGCUGCGGCCGGCGCCAUCAUGCCGCUCCUGGCCUCUCAGCAGCAGGCGCAGCAGACGCAGCAGCCGCUGCUGGGCGCGGCGGCGGCGGGGCCGGGCGGCGGCGGCGGCGGCGGCUGCGACGUGGCGGGCCUGCGGUCGCUGCUGGCGGCCGCCCGGCGCGGCCUAGUGGUGGUGGGGGAGCUGCUGGACCCGCGGGAGAUAGUGGCGGCGCGGCAGAUCUGCGCCGCGCUGGGCUGGCCGGUGGUGGCGGACGUGCUGUCCGGGCUGCGUGUGGGCGCACCCCCCUACCCCACCUCCCCCUCCUCCCCCUCCUUCCCCUCCUCCUCCUCCCCCUCCUCCUCCUCCCCCUCCUCCUCCUCCCCCUCCUCCUCCUCCUCCUCCCCCUGCUCCUCCUCUUCCUCCUCUCCCCCCUGCUCGCUGUACGAGGGCCCGGUGCCGCUGGUGGCCCACAUGGACCACUUGUUGCUGGGCGACCGGGCCUGGUGGGCGGCGCUGCGGCCCGACUGCGUGCUGCAGCUGGGGCCGCACCUCACCUCCAAGAGGCUGGGACAGUUCAUGGAUUGGGCUGCCAUGGCGCCAGACGACGGCUCCUCCUCCGCCGCCGCCGCCGCCGCCGCGCCGUGGCUGUACGUGGCGCCGCACACGCUGCGGCACGACCCCUCCCACCUGGUCUCACACCGGGCGGUCAUGGACCUGGCGGCCUUCAGGGACGCAGUGGUGGCGCCUGUGGCGGCGGCGGCGGCGGCUGCGGCUGCUACUGCCGGGGCUGCUGGGGCUGCUGCUACUGCCGGGGCUGCUGCUGGUGGGCGGUGGCGGCUGAGCGAGUACGGGCGCAUGCUGCUGCAGAUGGACGAGGUGGUGUCGCACGAGAUUGACGCGGCUCUGGCCGCACUUGAGGAGAUCAGCGAGCCCUUCAUCGCGCGCAGCUUGGCCCGCCGCCUGCCGCCCGGACACGGCCUGUUCAUCGGCAACUCCAUGCCCAUUCGGGACAUGGACAUGUACGCGCCGCCCGCGCCGCCGGCUGUAGCAGCAGGCGGCGCAGCGGGGGCUGUAGCAGGCGCCGCUGCCGCGGCAGCGGCGGCGGCGCCGGGCUCGGUGGCGCCGGGCGGAGGAGGCGGCGGAGGCGCGAGGGCUGGCGGCGCGGCGCCGGCUGCGGCGCCGGCUGCGGGCACGGGCGCGGCUGCGCUGGUGGGGGUGCCGGUGGCUGCCAACCGCGGCGCCAGCGGCAUUGACGGCGUGCUGUCGACUGCGGCCGGCUUUGCGGAGGGCCUGUCCCGCCCCGCCACCCUGCUGGUGGGCGACCUGUCCUUCCUGCACGACAUCAACGGACUCAACCUGCUGCGAGGCGGCGAGCUGCGGCCGCCGCUCACCGUGGUGCUGGUCAACAACAGCGGCGGCGGCAUCUUCUCCUUCCUGCCCAUCGCCGCCUCCGUGCCCGAGGACGAGUUCACGCCGCUGUGGGCCACGCCGCAGAACGUGGACCUGGAGGCCAUGUGCAGGGCGCAGGGCAUCCCACACCAGCGUGUCACCACCCCCGGCGGCCUGGGCCCGGCGCUGGCGGCUGCCUGGGGCCUGAACCGGCACAGUGUGGUGGAGGUGGUCACGGACCGCACCACAAACGUGGACCUGCACAGGGUCAUACAGGCUGCGGCGCUGCGCGCGGCUCAGCACGUCCACGCCCUGGCCCGCAUGACCCAGCCGCCGCCGCCGCCAGCACCCGCUGCCGCCGCCGCCGCCGCCAGCUCCUCCCUGUUGCUGCUGGCGCCGCCGCCCGGCGGCUGCCCCUGCGCGCCCACCUUCCGCGCCGCCACCCUGCACUGGCAGCGCUACAGCCUACCCCUGGCCAAGCCGCUCACCAACACCACCGCCGCCGCCGCCGCGGCCCCGGCCGCCACUGCCACUGCCGGAGGCGGCGGCAGUAGCAGCGGCAGCGGCGCGGGCGGUGGGCUGGGCCGCCGCGAGGGGCUGCUGCUGCGGCUGCAGCUGACGUGGCCUGACGGGCGGCUGGCGGGGGCGGGUGUGGGCGAGGUGGCGCCGCUGCCGGGGCUGCACCGCGAGACCCUGCAGCAGGCGGAGGUGCAGGUGGCUGCGCUGAGCUGCCUGCUGCAGGGCGUGUGUGUGCCCGCCGCCCUGUCGCUGUGCGGCGGGCGGCUGGGCGACUGGCUGCAGCGGGAGGUGGGGCUGCGCAUGGAGGGAGGCUGGCUGGCGCCGUCCGUCAGGUUCGGCCUGGAGAGCGCGCUGCUGUCAGCGCUGGCGGCCUCGCUCCACACCUCCGUCACCGACCUACUCGCACCGCCUCCCUCAACCUCCUCCUCCUCAAGUUCCGCUGCGACCCCGCCGCCGCAACUGGUGCGCAUCAAUGGCCUGCUGUCGCCGCCCGUCACAGCCGACGUGGCCGCCGACGCCGCGGCGGCGGCGGCGGCCGCCGCCGCCCUGGUGGCCUCCGGCUACACCGCCAUCAAGGUGAAGGUGGCUCGGCGGCCCGACCCCGCCGCCGAUGCCGCGGUGCUGGCGGCGGUGCGGGCGGCGGUGGGGCCGCACGUGGGGCUGCGCGCGGACGCCAACCGCGGCUGGGCGGGGCUGGAGGCGGCGGCGGCGUUCGGGGCGGCGGCGGCGGCGGCGGGCGUGGGGCUGGAGUACGUGGAGGAGCCCACGGCCGACCCGCGGGACAUGGCGGCCUUCUACCGGGCCACGGGCGUGCCUGUGGCGGCGGACGAGUCGUUGGAUGAGGGGCUGCUGCUGCCACCGCCCUGCACCGGCUCCGACGCCGGCAGCAGCAGCGGCAGUAGCAGCACCAGUGGCGGCGCCCUGCGCGGCGGCAACAACGGGUCCCUGGGCUACGGCUCGGCCUCGGGCUACGCGGCGGGAUCCGGUACUACAGCCGCGGGGGCGGGGCAGGGAUGCUACAGCGCGCACGGGCUACCGGCGGACCGCGCCGCGGGGCUGGCGGCUGUAGUUGUGAAGCCGAGUGUGGUGGGCGGAAUGGAGGCGGCGUUAGAGGUGGCGCGGUGGGCGGCGCGGCGCGGCGUGAGCGUGGUGGUGAGCUCGGCCUUUGAGAGCAGCGUGGGCGUUUCGCACCUGCUACAGCUGGCGGCAGCGGUGGACCGCACGGCCGGCAGUAGCAGCGGUGGAGCGGCGGCGGGGGGCGUGCACCACGGGUUGGGCACGCUGGACUGGUUCGCUGCGGACGUGUGCGCGCAGCCGCUACAGCUACAGCCGCACAUGCUGCCCCUCGGCAGUAGCAACAGCAGCAGCAGCAACGGCAACGGCACCGGCAACGGCAUUAGCAGCAGCAGCAGCAGCAGCAGCUCUGCCGCAGCCGGCGACUUUGUGCCGCUGCAAUCCGUAUGCGGCACGGUGCGGCAUGCGGACGAGCUGUUGCAGGUGGCGGCCAGCGGCGCGGCGUUGCGGCCGGAGGCUUUCACGCGGCCGUGCGCGGCGGCCGCACUCGAGUGCAGCAGCAACUGCGACGGCGGGCUCUGGUCACAGGCGGCGGGGCUGGGCUGCACAACGGAGCGCGAGCUGAGCCUUGAGGUGGCCAUUCCGUCAGCCUCCGGCUCACCACCUGCAUCCUCCUCCGCCUCUGAACAGCAGUUGCUCCGAUUCCGCAUCCAUGGCUACGAGGUCCUCCCCGCACCCUCACCCGCACCCACACCCGCACCCUCCGUCUCCACCUCAGCCUCCACCUCAGCAGAGGGGUCGCCAGGUUCAGAUUCCGCACAGCCCGGUUCCCAGGCGGCCCAGGCGGUGGCGGCGCCGCCGCAGCCGUUCGUGUUCCUCCACGGGUUCCUGGGCAGCGGCCGCGACUGGGCGCCGCUCAUGCGCGCGCUGGCGGCGGCGGGGCACCGCUGCGUGGCCCUUGACCUGCCCGGCCACGGCGGCACGCGGCCCUUGGACGGCCCCGCGGCUGCAGAGGGUGGUGGGUUCGUGGGCGCAGGGCCGGCGGGGCUGCCAGUGACGGAGGCGCACACCAUCGCCGGCGCGGCGGCGUGUGUGUCUGCGGCGGCGGCGGCGCUGGGUCUGCAGGGCGCGGUGCUGGUGGGCUACAGCCUGGGCGCGCGGGUGGCGCUACAGGCGGCGGCGGAUGCGGGCAGAGGUACUACGGCGGCAGAGGCGAUGCCGGCGUCGAGCGGGACAGGCGGCAGGGAGGCGUCAGGCGGCGCCUCCCAGCAGCCCGCCUGGUCGGGUGUAGUGCUGGUGUCCGGAACACCCGGCAUCAAGGACGCGGCGCAGGCGGCGGCGCGCGCCGCCAACGACGACCGCCUGGCUGCGGGGCUGUGCCGUGCCGGCCUGGCGGCCUUCGUGUCGCGCUGGUACCAGCAGCCGCUGUGGGCGCCACUGCGACGCCACCCCGCCUUCCCGCGCAUGCUGGCGCGCCGCACCGCGGCCGCCGCGGCGGAGGACGCAGGUGGACACGCGGCGGCAGCGGCGGCGCCGGAGGAGGAGGGGAAGAAGGCGGAGGUGGAGCAGCUGACGCAGUCGGCUGCGGUGCAGGCGGCGGCGGCGCUGAGCGGCAUGAGCACAGGCCGCAUGGUGCCGCUGUGGGACCGCCUGGACCCCUGGGCCGGCCCGCCAGUGGUGCUGGUGGUGGGAGACCUGGACGCCAAGUUUGUGGACAUCAACACACACACCCUGGCGCGACUGGUGUGCCGCCGGACCGCCGCCGCCGCCGCGGCCGAGGCGCUGGCGGCGCCCGCCACCGCCGCCGCCACCACGCAAGCCGAGGUAGCGGCAGCGGCGGCCACCGCCGCAGCCGCACAGCCUGCGGUGCAGUCGCUUGCGUUCUGGGCGAACCCGGGCACGGCGGGUGCUGGCGGGAUGGCGGGCGCCGCGGGUGCGGCGGGUGUUGGGGGUCAGGGCGGCUCGGGGCGGGUGAUGGGUGUGCACGAGCAGUUGGGGCAGCUGGGGCACGCGCUGGUGCGGGUGGAGGGCGCGGGGCACGCGGUACACGUGGAGGCGCCGGAGCGGCUGCUGGAGGUGCUGCAGGAGGCGGCGGCCGCGCUGCGUGGCGGGGCGGCGGCGGAGUCCUGAGAGCUGUGCCUGGCUGUGCUGGGGCAGCAGCUGUGUGGUGUGGUGUGGUGUGGUGUGGAAGGACGGGAGCCGCGCGCUGGAGUGAGCAAGAGCCUGGCUGACAGCGAUGAUUAUUGAAAGCAAGAGAUCACGACGCGGAAGACUAUAUAUACACAUAUUUGCGUUGUGUAUGUAUGUAGGGGUGGCGACUUAUGAGCGCGACUGUGUGAUGGCAUGGAUGCUCUGGGUUGUGAAGGCUGAAGAUUGAUAAGAGGGAGGCAAGGAGUGAUGACUGGAGCGGCAGGAGAGGUGCGUUGCUAUUUGCGAGCUAUCAGAAGCUGCGCGCGUUGGCGUGAGCAAGAGCAGCAUUGAGUGUGGUGCAUGCAUGUGCACAGGUGGCGAUAGAGCAUUGGGACUAGAGGGCUACAAUCUUUGCUGUAGUACAUGCCGCGGCUAGGGCAGGGUACAUAUGUUGCCGGGAGGAAAAGUUUGUCAUUUGUGCGUACAUGCGUGCGUGUGUAUGUAAGUCUAGAGGCGGCUGGAUUGACCCGGGCGGCCGAUGGGUCCAGGCAUCUUCCUCUCACACGCCGCGCGGCCGCCCUGUGCUCCAGCCGUAGUCUGGGCGUGCGGCGUGCGUCUGGGCGCAGGCCUGAUGGCGGCCGCAUUGCGCAGAAGCCGAGUGUGGGUGAUGAUAGGGACACAAGA